CCGGGCAUGCGCAGCAGCCGCGGAACAUGGCGGCGGCGGCGUGAGGCGGGGGAAUGCAGAGCGGCUUGACAGGACACCGCCGACUCGCGUCCCACCCGCCCGGAAACUGUUGUGCUGAAAGGAAGAAUUAACUGGUCUUUCAACUUCAGCCUUUUUAUUGUGAGAGGGGAGAUCACAGAAGUGUUACCAUGGGGAGAACAGCAGCUAAAGAUUCAAAGAAUAUUAAAAAAGAGAAAGAUGGAAAGAAUCAACAGGGAAACAACCCGUCUUUAAAAAGUGAGCAGUUUAAUUGGGACGAUUAUCUGAARGAGACUGACUCAGUAGCUGCCCCUCUGCAUUGUUUCAGACAGUCCAGAAUUCCCCCAGUGAACGAUUUCAAGGUUGGGAUGAAGCUGGAAGCCCGCGAUCCUCGCAACGUCACCUCGGUUUGCAUCGCCACGGUGAUCGGGAUCACGGGGGCCAGGCUCCGGCUGCGGCUCGAUGGCAGUGACAACAAGAAUGAUUUCUGGAGGCUCGUGGAUUCCUCUGACAUCCAGCCCAUUGGAACCUGUGAGAAGAAAGGGGGCAUGCUCCAACCUCCCCUGGGGUUCCAGAUGAAUGCAUCCUCUUGGCCAAUGUUUCUCUUGAGAACUCUCAAUGGAGCUGAAAUGGCACCUGCAGCAUUCUUUAAGAAGGAACCACCAAAACCUGUGCCCAACUGCUUUAAAGUUGGAAUGAAACUUGAAGCUAUAGAUAGAAAGAACCCGUACUUGAUUUGCCCAGCAACCAUUGGAGAUGUUAAAGGAGAUGAAGUUUUUGUUACGUUUGAUGGCUGGAGAGGAGCGUUUGACUAUUGGUGCAGGUGUGAUUCUCGAGAUAUUUUCCCAGUCGGGUGGUGUAGCUUGACAGGAGAUGCAUUACAGCCACCAGGGAACAAUGUUUCCAUUCCAAAGAGCAGUGCAAAAAUGCAAUCCUCCCCUUGCAAAGUGAGCCGGCGUUCAAUGCAGUCUCCACAGAAAUCUGCUCCAGCACCAGCGCAGCGGGGCAGGAAACCAGGGCGGGCCAAACCCCCUGGACASUCUGCAGUUCCCAAGAAGGGCAGGUCUCCUAAAAAUAUCCCCCUGACAAAAAGCACUUCUCAUACUGAAAACCUUAAAACAAGGAAAAAAAGUUUAAAACCUGGAAAAAAGAAAAAAAUGUUGCCAGAACAACUGACUCCUACAUCUCCUGCUCCUCAGUCAUCUCCUGAGGGGGACAAUGGCACUCUGCAGAUACUUAAAGAUGGACUGAGUUUGUCUGGUGCMACUGCAGCAGUUAUAUCCACAGUGUGUGUUUAUGUGAACAAACAUGGGAAUUCUGGGCCUCACCUGGACAAGAAGAAGGUUCAGCAGCUUCCAGAUCACUUUGGACCMGGUCCUGUCAAUGUGGUCCUUCAGCAGGCAGUACAGGCUUGUGUGGAUUGUGCCUAYCAAGCCAAAACAGUCUUUGGAUUUCUGAAAUCUGGCCACCAUGGAGGGGAAAUGAUAACUGCUUCCUUUGAUGGGGARAAGCAUGCCAUCAAUCUUCCUUCUGUAAACAGUGCAUCAUUUGUCUUACGCUUCUUGGAGAAGCUGUGCCACAGUCUGCAGUGUGAUAAUCUGUUCAGCAGCCAGCCCUUCAGCCCUUACAGGGGCUGUGCACACAGUCCCAUGGAAUAUGAGAGGAAUAAGCCAGCCAAAGAAGAAAUACCUGAAAACAGGAGAGCUAAACGAUACUGUCAGGACUCUCCACCAUAUACUGCUCCUCUUUCUCCUAAGCUUCCCAGAAAUGAUGCUCAUCCAUCUGAAGCAGAAACAUUGCCUAUAGAGGAAAACAGCACUUGCAAAGAGCACCGAUUUUCUGAGGACUCUAUGGAUUCUGCACUUAAUUCUGUAAAUCCGUCCAACCCAACCUGUCGAAGUUCCACGGAGUGCCGCACUUCAGGAAAUGCUGCAUAUUACAGAAAUUCCCAUCAGCCGGCAACUGCCACCUCCAACCCAGCCCCGGUGCUGCCCAGGCUGUCCCUGAGCUCCGCUGGGAGCAGCGGGCACUGCAGGAGCCGGCUGCACUGGAGGAUUGAAGCGGCAAGUUCCACAACUGGACCGGAUUUGAAUGCACUGAAAAGGGAACCUUCCAGAAUAUCAAAUAAGGAUCCAUCCACUUGGUCAAUAGAGGAAGUUGUACGUUUUGUGAAAGAAGCUGAUCCACGGGCAUUGGCUCCACAUGCAGAACUCUUCAGGAGACAUGARAUCGAUGGGAAGGCACUUCUCUUACUGAGGAGUGAUAUGAUAAUGAAAUACAUGGGACUGAAGCUGGGRCCUGCCCUGAAGUUGUGCUACCACAUUGAACGACUUAAACAAGGCAAGUUCUAGCCCGUGAGCAGCACCAGCAGCCGGGUUGGGGUCACCCCGAGCUCUCAUUUCACAAACAUCGCUGCAUUUCAGACUCCUGCUGAUGGAAACCUUGSUUUGUGAAAGUGCUCUGGAAAUAACAGAGAUGUUCAGGAUAAAGGGAGGGAGGGGUUUGUAUUACACUCUUGUAUUUUUGCAAACAAAGUUGGCAGGGAAGGACAGUUGGUGAUGCUGGGUGUGGACAGGUCUGAAUCCUGAAUUUCUGAAUCCUGAAAAGUGCAUUCUUUGUUACAGCUUCAGCCAACGUGUUCAKAUCCACAACCAAAACAGCUGAAUCCCAAAGGGAAAGAAUAAAUUAAACCAGCAUCAGGUGUUAAUAAUUUUUACAGGGGUGGCUGUAAACUUUUAUAUUGCAAGAAAAACUUAAAAUAGAAGAUCUCAUCUCUGCAGUGAAUAUUCUGGUCUUUCAGAAGAGAGGAAGGUUUAUGGAAGAGAGGGCUUAAUACAAAUAGAAGCUUUUAUAAAGUGUGAUUAUCAGUCCUUUGGGAAGUUCUGAGGACAGAUGUACCAUAUAUUGUCAAUUUAGGCAGGCAAUAAAUAUUUCUGUUUCAUGGAAGGUUGUAUUGGCUGUAUAAACAGCCAUUUCUGGGACAGACUGGUUUCACUGGAACAAUGCAUCCACAUUUUAAACAUUCCAUCUUUUCUCUAAGUUUGGCAUGGAUUUGUGUGUUCAUGCUUUUUAUAUGUACACGUGUAUGUGUCAGGGAAAUACACACUAUUUAAAUAUGAAAAUAGGCAUACACACUGUACAUAUACAUUCCGUUUUUUUAAUGUGUACUUUGCACUGUGCCAGAGAGAACUGGACCAUUUCUUGUUUUUUUACCAGUAAAUUUAGUUAUGUAUUACUUUCAUUAGCACCUGUUUAAUUUGUUGUUGGAGUCAGAAGGUGACAAACAAUCAAAAGGUGUCUUUAUUCACAGGCAAGAUCCCUGUACUAUGCAAUACUCUUGGUUAUUCMUCCCUUAACUCUGAGCCAUAUAUUCUGAUAUAUUUUUGGAAAGACACAUUUGGUUCCAACGUUUUGGGUUUAUAUUUCCUGUGAGGAAGUGCUACUAUGUAACUGAUAAACCUUUUUUGGGUAAAAUUGGUGCUGUUURUAUAAGCUGCAAAAAUGAGUGGUGAUAAUAAAACAGUUUGUUUUCACUGCCAGUUGUAAAAUUCAUCAGGGACAAAAAAAAUACUUUCUGUUUAGGAAAUUGAAUGUACUGUAUGUAAUAGUCAAGUGAUAAAAAMUGUUUGUUAGGGAAGGUGUAGUCCUAAAAUUAUAGGAUUUAUUAUAUUUCUUAAUGCCUUUUUAUAUGAAAGCAUAUAGUAUAAAUGUAUUUUUUACAAAUUCCUUUUUUUUGAAAAUGCCUUUCUUUACCCACAGUCUGAUUCUUAUCAGAUUUCAGCAGAGCAACUGCUGCAAAACAGUGAAUUUAGUGACUCACAAGUCCAAGUAUUUUGUUAAUUUAAGUGACUGCAAUGCAAUUUCAAUUCAAGUCAUUUGGGCUCUGAGAAUUGUUUUUGUUAUUACAUCAUUAGACAUUUGACACUGAAGUUUAUCUGUAUCGAUUUGUUUUGCAUAUCUUUUGUGGUGCAUGUAUGCUUAGAUGAAUAAUAUAGGCAUGCUCUGGAUAGUGAGAGAAGGUCAGAACAUUGAUUGAAGAAACAGAAUAUUUUCUCUUUGUGUUAGAAGAAUACUGACUUAACUUUAAUAUGGUUACACCAAAAAUCAUAUAUUGAGGAAAGCAUCAUGCCCACAUGCUCAGUAUAUUGUUUAUACAUUUAUAAAGUUGUAUGCUACUUCAUCUGUGGUUUAUUAUGCUGAAUUUGGGUUCUGCAGUAUAAAAAGAUGUUGUACAAUUUAGGUGGAAGUAAUGACGGAAAACAGUUUUCAUUUUUUGCAUUGCCCUUGGCWUAAGAAAAACAAAGAUGUUUAAAUUUUCUGUUUGGCCUUUAUGGAAUGASAUUUUUGUACAUGGCACUAUAAUGGGUAUAAAUAUUUGUUGAAGCCUUYCUGUGCACCCAUGUGCACAAAGAUAACUGUGAUGUUGAUUCUGAUACCAGAACUCUGUGUGCUGUAGUGUGAGAUUGAAGCAUUCAGUGUUACACCAGAUUAUAUUUUUUAUUCUUUAUUUUCAAUGGGAUGUUCUUAUCUAGCAAGAAAAAUAAAAUAGUUUGUUCACUGUUGUAACUGUUGGUUCUGUUUGAUGCUGUGUGGAUGUGCUCUGUGUGGGCAAUGUGGCAGUUCUUGAAAGCCAUGGAAACAUCUGAUCUAAGGAGGUUUUAAUGAAAAGGGUAAGAUCAUUCCACCAUUGUUCAUCUGAAGCAAUUAAUGUUGAACUUGUGUUGUUCUGUGCUUUCAAAAUAAGAACUUACCUGGUUACUCAACUGUUUAGUUUUGGAUAUUCAUUUUGCAACUCAGAACUUAGAGAAUUCUGAUAUAACCACUGAGGGGAAGAGACUGAUGAAAACUGUUUGUCCUUUGUUCAGAGAAAGACACAAAGUUUUUUAAAUCAAAGCAGUUAAUGGCAGUAAGUUUGAACU